AAGAGGAGGAGGAGGAGGCGCAGUUAGGAUCUUAUUUGGAAGCAGAGAGUCCAAACUGUGUUUGUCCUCGGUGGAAUAGCAGUAAAAGCUUCUUCUGCCUUUUUCUCCGGCUUUUCAGGAAGCAGCGCAGCGGAGCGACUCAACUUUCACCAACAGCCUCAGGUGGAUCCUCCUGAUGUGGAGGACCUGAGCCAGUCUGACUGGGAUUCAAAGGUUAACGUCACGACACCGGAGGCCGCGGCGAUGAUCGAGCUGGGCUUCCUGUCCGAAUCGGAGCAGGAGCUGAUCCUGGAGGUGCUGCGACGGGACGAAGAGCUGAGGCUGGCCGAGGAGCAGCGAGUGCGGAAGCUGAAGAGCGAGUUGUUGGAGGUGAAGAGGAAAGGGGCCAAACGUGGCAGCGGAAAGUACAGUGAGCGCACAUGUGCCCGGUGCCUGGAGCCCCUGAGUCGACUCGCCGCUUUCUCCAGCCAGUGCAUGAUGUGCCACCACGACGUCUGUCCCGACUGCCGCACGGCCCUGACCAACAACUCCUGGCUGUGCUGCGUGUGCUUCAAGGAAUCGGAUCUAAAGAAGCGAACGGGUGACUGGUUCUAUGAUCAGAGGGUGAACCGUUUCUCGGCGGCGCCUGGACACGACCUCGUGAGGGUCUCUCUGAAAAAGAAGCCGUCAUCAAAUAAACGUGAGACAGCAGGAGAGGUGCUACUGAAAACAAACUCCAAGCCACCCAACCCUGUGCCCAUGCCCAGGCAGAAGAAUGUGAUGAACAAGUGCCAUAAACCCCAGAAUUCAGGAUCCACUAUUUCAAGGGAGUCCUUUGGGUCAAGGGACGAGGUUUGGUCCAAACCGACGCGCAGCGACACCGAGUCUGCAGAGAACGCCAGCAUAGCCAGCUGUAAAACCGAGACCGAGUCCGGCCGUGUGACCCCCGACCAGCAGAGGAAAGAGAACCGCUCGGAUCGAUCCAGUCCUGCUGUAUCCAGAGUCUCCAGCCUGACCGUCCCCGUCAAAGCCAGCAUUAUCCCAGAUGAAAGUUCCCAACCAGAAGUCAAGGCUAGCUCGGAAGUGAAACCGGUCUGUCCGAGUCCAGAGCUGGAAGUUGAUCGACUCUUUAAGAAGAGCGUGAAACGAGCCCCGAAAAAUCCAGAAUCUGUAUCGACGUUGGACCUGCGCUACAAAUCGGAGUCCUCGAUGGGCGCGAGGAGCCGUUCUGUACCUGGCCUGGAUUUACAGGAAGACGAGGAGGAGGAGGAGGAAGAUAUCGACUCGCUGGUUAACUUUCAUAAGACGUCAAUGGCCUCCAGCACCUCCAGCCUGCAGAGUCUGAGGAGCACGGCGGGCAGCCUGAUGAGCAUUUACAGCGAGGCAGGAGACUUUGACAGCGUGGACGUGAGCGGCGACGUCGUCUUCACUCUGAGCUACGACGAGCACACGCAGAGCCUCCAUGUCCUCAUCAAGGAGUGCCACAAGCUGGCCUACGGCGACGUGUCGCGGCAGAUCUGCAACCCUUACGUCAAAUGUUAUCUGCUUCCCGACAAAUCUCGCCAGAGCAAAAGGAAGACCAGCAUCAAGAGACACACCAUCGACCCCGUCUACAACGAAACGUUAAAGUACUCCAUCGGCCGCUCUCAGCUCUCCACCCGCUCCGUGUUGAUAUCCGUCUGGCAUCAUGGCCGCCUCAGCCGAAACGCCUUCCUGGGAGAGGUGGAGGUCCCCCUGGACAGCAGAGACCUGGAUUCCACGAAUGAGGACCAGGCAACUCUCAUGGCGAGGGCAGCCUCUGCUGUGCCAGCUUCAGCUUUCGCUCAGGACAAAGGAGAGCUGGUGAUCUGUCUGAAAUAUGUUACGCCUAAAAGUCCACCAGCGGUGAAACGAAAAGGUAAAAAAGCGGUGCCUGAGGAGGGCGGAGAACUGCACAUCCUAAUUAAAGAGGCGAAGAGCUUGACGGCCAUGAAAUCGGGAGGAACGUCAGACAGCUUUGUAAAAGGGUACUUGUACCCCAUUACAGGGAAGAGCACAAAGAGGAAGACUCCAGUGGUGAAGAAGAACCUGAACCCCCACUACGACCACACGUUUGUGUACAAAGACGUGGCUCUGGAGCAGCUGAGGGCCAUGUGUGUGGAGCUGACGGUGUGGGACAGAGAGGCCAUGCUGAACAACGAGUUUCUGGGAGGAGUCCGCCUGAGCUCUGGGAAAGGCACGGUCAAAAUAGGAAAAGAGGAAGUGGAGCUGGACUCGGUUGGAGAGGAGGUCAGCCUGUGGCAGAAGAUGAUGCAGUACCCCGACUCGUGGGCAGAGGGCACUCUUCCACUGCGCUCCUCCAUGGGGAAGGCCAAGGCCAAAUGAGGACUCUGUGAAGCUGGAUCCUCCGAUGCGGACCGAAGCUGAGGCGAACAUGAAACUGUGGAUUAAAUGUUGUGUUGCAGGUCGAUCAGACCAGCAGUCUGAUAGUUGACGGACCAGCUGAACAUCUGCUCACGCCAGCCUCGCCGCGUGGGGUCCGUCUCUAACACCAACCCACCUGCAGGCUGCUGUUACCGCUGAAAACGUGCCAAAGCAUCACCGCAGUGCAUCCAUUCCACGAGCAAGGACACAGUCACUUUAUAUUUGUUACAGUUUAGGCUGUGCGUAGUGUAUGCACAGCAUUUUAGCACUUAAACUGUGUUAAUCUGCCACAUUUUUUUCUUCAUAAUUUUAAAAGAUUCACUGUGAUGCAUGGGGAAAUAGUUAAACAUAGAAAUUUAUUAUGCAGAAUUUCUGAUGUUACAUUCAACAAAUAUUGAGAUUUAACCUGACCAUCUUGUUUUAUAUUAAUGCUGUCUCUUAAAAUUAUAUUUAUACAUGUUGCAUUAAAUGACUUGAUUUGAA